AUGAACAAGAUCGUCAAAAUCUUUGCUUGUCUAGCUAUACUACUGAUUCCGUCACUGGCAAUUAUCCCUCCUGCCGUCAUUGCGUCGACAAUCGAGACCGUAUACAGCGAAUUCGUCAAGCACGAUGUGGUCGACGAUGCGGAAUUAGCUGGAUCGAUCCCUUUGGGGGGCUUGGCCAUCCUAGUCAUCGACCAGCAAGUGAGCUUCCAUCCUGGAGGUUCACUUGCUAUCCCAACUGCCAACGAAGACGCCGCUCGGAUCGCAGCCUUCAUCACGAACCACACGUCCGAGUUGUCCCAAAUUAUCCUCACCAUGGACUCGCAUCAGAGGUACCACAUCGCGCACGGUAUCUUCUGGAUGAACGACGCUGGGGAAUCGCCUCCACCAUUUACGACAAUCACGUCCAAGGAUAUUAAGAAGGGCGUCUGGAGGCCACGUGACUCCAGCUUAAGUGACUACGUUCUGACGUAUACGAAGGCGCUGGAAGCGACUGGAAAAUUCUCGCUGACAAUCUGGCCCGAGCACUGCUUGAUCGGAUCCCCGGGACACAAUAUAGUCCCAAAUGUGUUGGCCGCGGCAAUGGAGUGGACGAAAAGGACUCUGAAGCCGAUCCAAUACGUGAUGAAAGGUAGCAACCCGUUCACAGAACACUAUUCGGUGCUCAAGGCUGAAUACGAGCUGCCGUAUGACCCGUCGACAAGAGUACUGGCUACAAGCUGA